GAUUCAAGCCGGGUCAAAAUUUGCCCGGUCCUAAAUUGAAGUAGAGUCUGGAAUCCCCUAAUUUCUCCUCUCCGUCGGCCCCGAUUCUUCACGAGCAUCUGACUUCAAUGUUUAAGAACACGUUCCAAUCUGGUUUUCUUUCCAUCCUGUACAGCCUCGGGAGCAAGCCUCUGCAGAUUUGGGAUAAAGAAGUUGUCAAUGGGCAUGUCAAACGGCUGCAAGAUGAAGAUAUCCAAUCCAAUGUCUUGGAAAUUGUUGGGUCUAAUGUCCAGCAAGCAUACAUAACGUGUCCUGCAGAUCCUAGUGCGACUCUUGGCAUAAAGCUACCCUUCUUAGUCAUGAUAGUGAAGAAUGUGAAGAAGUACUUCACAUUUGAAAUUCAGGUUUUAGAUGAUAAAAAUGUCCGGAGAAGGUUUCGAGCUUCUAAUUAUCAAGCGGUCACACGAGUGAAACCCUAUAUUUGCACUAUGCCGUUGAGAUUGGAUGAAGGAUGGAAUCAAAUCCAGUUGAAUCUUUCUGAUUUGACCAGACGAGCUUAUGGAACCAACUAUGUCGAAACACUGCGAGUUCAGGUUCAUGCAAAUUGCAGGCUAAGGAGGAUUUACUUUUCUGACCGUCUUUAUUCAGAAGAGGAACUCCCACCAGAAUUCAAACUUUACCUUCCAAUGCAGAAAUCUUGAGGAUUUUCUCUAUAAACCAGCAGAUGAGGCACUUUAGUUGUCUGAAAUUCGUCUUGGAGCUGGUGUAUUAAUCUUGGUGUGGAACAGUUUGAUCUUGGAAAUGUUGAUGAGUGCACAUGUUCACCAAGUUUCUUUUUAUUACUUGAAUCUAUUAGAAUUUUAGAGUUUGUUAGUGAAUUGUUAAACAUGAUGUUGUGGUUCAAGAUUAGAAAGACCGGUGGAUGUCUUUCUAGCUGCUUUGCCUGGUUGCAGAUCAUUAGAUGAAUUAUGUCUUGAUUUUGUAAAAGCUUCAUUGUUGUACUUUCUAUGCUCCGGAUUUAUUUAGUGUUGA